GACAGGCUGGAUAUCAAACAUCAUGCUUGAAACAUUUUACCGUGUGAGAAAAAUAUACUUCCUGAUCAUGGCCGUUAUUGGUGUUCCUGUUAAUCUAGUGGCGAUUGUGAUCCUGUCCCGGGGAAAGUGCGGCCUCUCCUCCUGCACCACUCGCUACCUGGUGGCCAUGGCAACGGCGGAUCUACUAACCAUUAUCUUUCAGGUCAUAUUGUGGCGGAUCAGUUAUUAUUACUUCCCCGGUUCUUUUCUGGAGAUGACCCCCGUAUGCAGUUCCAUCUCUGUCCCAGCAAGGGCAGCCACAGACUGUUCUGUCUGGUUCACCGUCACCUUUACGUUUGAUCGGUUUGUCGCCAUCUGUUGCCAAAAGCUGAAAGCAAAAUUUUGCACCGGGAAAACUGCGGCAGUAGUUCUGACAACAACCGGCGUUCUUUUCUGUUUUAAAAAUGUGCCCUACUUCUUUAUGUAUCGACCUCUGAAAGUAAUUGAUAAUAUACGCUGGGACUGCAUUCAGGCUGGGGCAGUUUCUGUUUUCAAUCUCGACACAUCGGAGAACGAGGCAGCUGCGAGAGUGGUUGAGAGCCCGAGUGAGACCCAGAUCCGGAACAGGCUCUUCGGCAACUGCAGCCGGCGGCUUCCACCUCCCACCGGUCAUUAA